CUCCCCCGCUGCCCCUGAACCCAGCUUCGCUCGUUCACUUCCUGCUCCUGUCAGCCGACGCCACUCGGCCGUAUUGUUCCUGAAAAGUGAAGCAUCGCUGAUUAAAAAAAAAAGAGGGAGACCAGCUCUUCAGCAGCAAGAUGUCUCUGCAUGAGCACAACAGCGCCUCCUGUCUACCAAUAACGGCAAUAGCCUGGACAUCUAACAGCGGCACUUGCCCAAAGGACUUCAGCAUAAUCAGCACGACCCAAGACGGUGGGGCAGCAAACUUUGUGCGUGGCUUUGGGAAGUCUGGGUACUUCCUGUGUUACAGCAAGAAUGCUGCGGGAGGAAAUGUAGUAGCAGAUAUCCAGGUGAUUUCAGAAAAGGAGACCAUUCCACAUGGGUACUGCUACAUACCAGAAUAUAUGGAAUCGAAGACCUCUGUGUGGAAGAAGAAGCGUGUCUGUGUGCGCCUCGUACCCCUGGGCAGUGUGGAGAUGGCUGUAGCUGACAUCCGGGUGACGGCCAAGAGCAGAGUGAUGCUGCAGCACUACACCUGCCUGGGUGACAUCCAUGGCUAUAUCAUCUGGUGUAAGAAGGGCCAUGUGUCCAGCCCCGUGCCGGAAGCCAAACCACGCAGGGUCACCUUGGACAUCCGGACACUGUCUCUGGACCAGCCAUUGCCUCUGAGGCCAAGUAAUGGCCCACCUGCACUCCCAGCUACAAAGAUUAGCCGCCGACGUAGUAAUCUUGAGAAAAACGAUGUAUUGGACAGUGUCUAUGACAGCAGCAACACCUUCUCUAUAUCCGCCAUGGAUGGCGUUCCCUUUGCCCUGCACCCCAAGUUUGAGGCACAACCCAAUGAAACAGUCUCAGGAAACGCUAUGAAAGAUAUCCGCAUUAAGUCAGUGCAGGAGAUCGAGAACGAGUACAACUACACCUUUGCAGUGGAGGAGUCUGCAGCAAAUCGAGCUCACCCUUAAGAUCUCAGGCUCACCUAUGAAGACCUACCUGCACCUUUUUCUUACACCAAACCCUCUCUUUUGUAAACACUUUAUAACUUGUGCACUACAUACAUACCUGCCAUUGACCUCAUUCAGGCCUGUUACUUGCAUACUGGUGAAGACAGGUGCUGCACUUCGACACAGACAAAGCAUCUCACAGUUAGGUAACAUCCUGACAGAAUAGGCACCUUAACAGCCGAAAUCGUGCUAUAUUUUGGUAUUAUGAUUUUUAUUUAUCUUGUUUUUAAAAAAAAUGGGAUAACUGUGCAAGGUAAAUUCUUGUUUUGUUUGUAGUGCAUAUUGUUCAUUAAAUGAUUUGAUGGUGGAUUUAUCAAACUGCCAGGUGAAGAGGACAAUAAUUCUUUAUUUUUGCAUGUUUUUAUUGUUCAUCCAGUCAGGCAUGAUGGAUCAUUAUCCAGAAUUAAAGCUGCUUUCUGUUGUAUCUUUCAUCUUGACUAUUUUCCAUUUUGUCCUCAGUUGUAAGAAGUACAGUUAUUUUGUAAAAGUUUAAAUGAUCUAAAUGUGUCUGCUGAUCUGUCAUUACAGCAGUAAGGGACAGAAUGCCGUUUAUGUGGGGCACAGCUGGAGCCCCCGCUAAAGGGAGCCAGUCCCUUAAGCUGCACUCAGACCCGGGGAGGCUCACUGACAUACUGAAAUUCACCUUUUAACUUGUCAGUCGUGUGCAUUCUUGCUCUAUAUAAAUAUUGUGCUUCAUUUCAGUUUUAUUCCGUUUCAGUGCUUAGCUUAUUUCUUUUUGUGUAUUUAUUACUCCCUUGAAAAUAAAUGCUUUGAAUUAUUUAA